UUUGGGUGCUAUAAUACCAGAGGGUCUUGCGCUGGAAUGUAAUCCAGUACUUUUACAACGCCGGGCUGACUGAACGCAAGGUACAAUGGCUCCAGCUACCAGAUGGGCGAUCUGUUCAGCCGGAAAGAUCAGCCACGACUUUGUGGUCGCAUUGAGAACCCUGCCUGCUGAUGAGCAUGAGGUGGUGGCUGUGGCUGCUCGUGACAAGAAGCGCGCGCAGGAGUUUGCGACACGGCAUGGCAUAGCACGCGCAUAUGGCUCCUAUGAAGAGCUGGCAGCCGACCCCGACAUGGAUGUCGUGUACGUGGGCGCCAUCCACCCACAGCACUCCCCUCUGACCUUGAUGAUGCUGCGUGCGGGAAAACAUGUGAUGUGUGAGAAACCGCUCACCAUGACCCUGGCGCAGACGAAGGAGCUCACCGCCACGGCACGCAGCACACGCCGCUUCCUCAUGGAGGCCUUCUGGUCGCGCUUCUUCCCCGCGUACGAUGAGGUGCGGGCAGCGCUGGCGGAGGGCCAGGUGGGAGACGUGCAAGUGGUACGCACGGAGUUCGGGGUCAAGAUGUUGAACGUGCGUCGCGUGGUGGAACCCGAGCUGGGCGGAGGAGCCCUACUCGACAUCGGCUGCUACUGCCUGCAGUUCAUCUCCAUGGCGUUCGGAGCCGAGCGCCCACUGUCCAUACACGCCUCCGGAUUUCUCAACGCAAACGGUGUUGAUGAGACUGUGACGGUGGUGCUUAAGUACUCAGGAAAGCGCAUGGGCAUCUUCACCUGCAGCUCGGCAUACAUGCUAGCCAAUGAGGCCUGCAUCUUUGGCACCAAGGGCUCAAUAAAGAUCCCCGAUACGAUGUGGAGUCCAUCGAAAGUGAUAAUCAAUGGAGAGGAGAAGGAAUUUUUGCUGCCCCCACCGUCCAUACCACUCAACUUCGUGACUAGCACCGGCAUGAGAUACGAGGCUGCUGAGGUCCGCCGCUGCCUCCUGCAGGGUCUUACGGAGAGUCGCGUAAUGCCUCUGGAAGAGAGCGAGCUCCUGGCUGGAAUUAUGGACGAGAUUCUCCAGCAGCUGGCAGCAGUUUGACAUCACUGGCGUUCAGGGGAAAACCUCCUGAACAGCUACCAACCGCAAACACCAAUUACAACCAUUUACCACAGCCAUGCAUGAUGAUACAACAAAAACUCAACACACUCACCAAACAAUCGCCGACGUUUCGGACAAUGACCCUUCAUUGGACAUAAACAGAAGCAGUGUUGACAGCAUCAGCAAAUAAACAUUUUUUAUGACACUAUCAGCAAUAAUCUCCAACAACAGUCACAAAAAACUACACCACCAACCCUAUCCAUCAAUCAAAAUAACUAUUGCAACCAGAACCCUCAGUCAGCAAUUCUGUGCUGGUCUUGUGCCUUUUAAAGGUUUGUUUUCCUCUCAGUGCUUUACACAAGCAAAUAACUUACGUCUGUGAAAUGCAGUUAAUGCAUGCACAAUAGGGUUCGCGCAUAUAUACUUUGGAUGUGUGCUAUAAGCUCUGUUUUUUUGUAACACAAAAUUGCAAGGGAGAGUUCACUCAUACCUCACUCCUCUGGCUUACACAGCAGAGGGCAGCACUUUCUCACCCGCUCCGCAUAGUUUGUCACGUAACAGUCAAACAUAUACAGGGUGUUUGAAAAUUAUGGACCCGAUUUGAAAUCGCUAUAUCUCUGGAACCACGAACCGCCCAUGAAUUAAACUCUUACCACUUGAAAGGGCGUGGCAUACAGAGGGCGGGGCAUGCAGAGGGCGGGGCAUACAGAGGGCGGGGCAUAGAGUUUCAAAUGAUUACCGCUAGAUGCCUCUCC